GGGGGCUCGCCUGCCGGGUGGCUGCGCCUGGGCCCAGCCUCGUCCCGCCCCUUCCCCUGCGGCCACGGUCGGUUCCGGCGGCGGCUGGGGCCUGCAGCAGGGCGCGGAGCGGAAGAUACUUUCUCCACAUUUGGAUGUUGUAUAGCAAUCAAUUUCUUAGAUAUUAGUCCUCUUGCUGAUAUUGAAGAUUACCUCUAGUAAGUUGGGUGGGCCAGGGCUCUUUUUAGUAUUUUCAACAUGUAAACAUUUUAUGCAUUUUGGGGAGAAGUCCUCCAGAGUCUCCCCCAAAAAGCCCACUUCAGGGGUAAUCUCCAACAAAAGAUGGCAGGAGUUGGCUCUAAAAAUGCCACUUCCUGUGUCAUGUCGACCACUUGACAGUGACUCAAAGUGCUGAUCGUCCCUCCUUAUGGGGUGAACUCCAUUACUCUUCUAUCCCAAGGAAUGAGGCUGAAACAAAAUGAAUGAACAUCCUAAAAAGAGGAAAAGGAAGACUUUACAUCCUUCACGUUACUCAGAUUCUUCAGGUGUAAGCAAAUAUAUAGACAACAAUGGAAUCUUUUCUGACCACUGCUAUAGUGUCUGUUCUAUGAAACAGCCAGACAUUAAAAUUUCUGAAAACAGAGGUAGAUUCCAUGCUCCUGCACAGACUCUAGAUACUGAUGAUGAUGGCAGCCCAGUGCAUGCCGGGACAUCUCAUUGGAGUGGGGCACAGUCGAAUGUCAUGGGGUUGCACUUUACAGACCCAAAAAAGAAAGAGAAAAGUGCUAAUAAUGGAAUUUAUAAAGACAUGUGUGAGUCUCCUAUAUUUGGUGACAGUCCAACUGAAGAGGAGAAACCCAUAGAUAUUCAAACCAUAGAAAUUUCGACUACAGAAGUUAAUGCUGUAGAAGUUCAUGAUAUAGAGACGCAAACUGUUUCACCUGAAAAGCUAGAAGUUGAAGACAUUGAAGAAAUACCUGUUGAAAGCUGUAAACUUUUUGAGAAGAACCAGGCCUUGAAUAUCACUGCUCAGCAGAAGUGGCCUUUGCUGAGAGCAAACAGUAGUGGCCUAUACAAGUGUGAGCUGUGUGAGUUUAAUAGCAAGUACUUCUCUGAUUUAAAGCAGCAUAUGAUCCUGAAGCAUAAGACAUGUACAGAUACCAAUGUCUGCAGAGUAUGUAAAGAGAGUUUCUCCAGCAAAGUUCUGCUGAUUGAACAUGUAAAAAUACAUGAGGAAGAUCCCUACAUCUGUAAAUACUGUGACUACAAAACAGUGAUAUUUGAGAACCUCAGUCAGCACAUAGCAGAUACUCAUUUCAAUGACCAUCUUUAUUGGUGUGAGCAGUGUGAUGUGCAGUUCUCCUCAAGCAGCGAGUUGUACCUGCACUUCCAGGAACACAGCUGUGAUGAACAGUAUCUGUGUCAGUUUUGUGAGCAUGAAACCAAUGAUCCAGAAGACUUGCAUAGCCAUGUGGUGAAUGAGCAUGCAUGUAGAUUAAUAGAGUUAAGUGAUAGCUAUAGCAACAAGGAGCGUGGACAAUACAGCCUCAUAAACAAAAUUAGCUUUGACAAAUGCAAAAACUUCUUUGUAUGCCAAGUGUGUGGCUUUAGGAGUAGGCUACAUACGAAUGUCAACAGACAUGUAGCGAUUGAACACACCAAAAUAUUCCCCCAUGUUUGUGACGACUGUGGGAAAGGCUUUUCAGUGUCUGUCCUGGGAAGUGGGGAGGGGAUGAAGAACUCCCUGGAGUUAUGCAUGCACUCUAAAGGCCUACGAAGGGAGAGAAGAGGAUGCUUCUGCAGGCCUUGGGGGGAGAGGGCAAGGAGAAAGAACACAAGGUGCUGCAUGAGUUGCAUAAUGGCAGAAACUACUGCCUCUCCCCUGAAACACUUUGUGCUGGCUAAAAAGACAAUUACUGCUAUCUUUAACCAACUGCUGGAGUAUGUCACUGAAGGAGCAAGUUUUGUUGAAGCAACAUACAGGAACCCAGAACUUGAAUAUGUAGCAACUAAAGAAGAACUGGUGAAAAUACAGGCAUAUAAAAACAAAUUGGCAGACAUCGGUGAGGUGCUUUCACGGAGACACAUGAAAGUUGCAUUUUUUGGCAGAACAAGCAGUGGAAAGAGUUCUGUCAUUAAUGCAAUGUUGUGGGAUAAGGUCCUUCCUAGUGGGAUUGGCCACACAACGAAUUGCUUUCUCAGUGUAGAAGGAACAGAUGGUGAUAAGGCUUAUCUCAUGACUGAAGGAUCAGAUGAAAAGAAGAGUGUCAAGACUGUUAAUCAACUUGCCCAUGCGCUUCAUAUGGAUAAAGACCUGGAAGCUGGCUGUCUUGUCCAUGUCUUUUGGCCCAAGGCAAAGUGUGCUCUCCUGAGAGAUGACUUGGUUUUGGUGGACAGCCCUGGUACAGAUGUCACUACAGAGCUAGACACCUGGAUUGACAAAUUUUGUUUAGAUGCUGAUGUCUUUGUCUUGGUUGCUAAUUCAGAAUCAACUCUCAUGAAUACGGAAAAGCACUUUUUUCACAAAGUAAAUGAACGACUUUCCAAGCCAAACAUCUUCAUCCUAAAUAAUCGCUGGGAUGCAUCUGCAUCAGAGCCUGAAUAUAUGGAAGAUGUGCGCAGGCAGCACAUGGAGCGCUGUCUGACCUUCCUAGUCGAUGAGCUCAAAGUCGUUGAUCUCUCAGAAGCACAGAACCGCAUCUUUUUUGUUUCAGCCAAGGAAGUUCUUAGUGCUAGAAAGCAGAAGGCCCAAGGGAUGCCAGAGAGUGGUGGUGCACUUGCUGAAGGAUUUCAGACAAGAUUUCAGGAAUUCCAGAAUUUUGAGCAAAUAUUUGAGGAGUGUAUCUCGCAGUCAGCCGUGAAAACCAAGUUUGAACAGCACACUAUCAGAGCUAAACAGAUAAUAGAUACUGUGAAAAACAUUAUGGACGCCAUAAAUGUGGCAGCAGCAGAAAAAAGAGUUCAUUCAAUGGAAGAGCGAGAAGACCAGAAAGAUAGGUUGGAAUUUGUUCGAAACCAACUGAACAUUUUAACAGAGGAUAUUAAGAGAAAAAUCAAACAGGUUACUGAGGAAGUAGAGAACAAGGUUUCUUCUGCGAUGACUGAUGAGAUUUGUCGACUCUCUGUUUUGGUUGAUGAAUUUUAUUCUGAUUUUCACCCUUCUUCACAAAUAUUGAAGCUGUAUAAAAGUGAGCUCAACAAGCACAUAGAAGAUGGUUUGGGAAGGAACCUGGCUGACCGUUGCUCCACUGAAGUCAAUCAGUCAAUGCAUCAGUCACAGCAGGAAAUGAUUGAAAAUCUGACACCAUUAUUACCUUCUGGUGUUCAGAAUCAGCUCCAGUUGCUAAUUCCAUGCAGGAAGUUUGACCUCAGUUACGAUUUGAACUGUCACAGUCUGUGUUCGGAUUUUCAAGAGGAUAUCACGUUCCACUUUUCCCUGGGGUGGACCACCCUUGUAAACCGCUUCCUAGGCCCAAAGAAUGCUCAUAGAGUGCUACUCGGGCUGGCAGAUCCAACCUCACAGAUCCCUCGUCCUUUAGCUUCCACCCCCUCUGCCACCUGUCUUCCUGCCGUAACUCCAGAGAAUGUAUCACAGGAGGAACUCAUGGUUUCUUUGGUAACGAGUUUAGCUUCACUAACAUCACGGACCUCUAUGAGCAUCAUCAUCGUUGGAGGAGUGGUGUGGAGAACUGUAGGCUGGAAACUCAUAUGUCUUUCCCUAAGUAUGUAUGGAUUAUUGUAUCUCUAUGAGAAACUAACCUGGACAACUAAAGCAAAAGAGAGAGCCUUUAAACAGCAGUUUGUAAACUAUGCUACUGAAAAAUUGCAGAUGAUUGUCAGUUUUACUAGUGCAAAUUGCAGCCAUCAAGUGCAACAAGAAAUGGCCACUACCUUUGCUCGACUGUGUCAGCAAGUCGACGUUACUCAGAAAAAUCUGGAAGAAGAAAUUGCAAGGCUGUCCAAAGAAAUAGAUCAGCUAGAGAAAAUACAGAGUAACUCAAAGCACCUAAGAAAAAAAGCCAUUCACCUUGAAAAUGAGCUGGAUGUUUUUACAAAGCAUUUUCUUCAGCAGAAUAAAUAGACCAAUCUCUUUUCACUGCUGGCUUCCUUGGGUAACUGCCUGUAGGACAAAAUUAUAGAAUGACACAUUGCUCCCCUGUGGAGUCACAUGAAAUGACAUUUUUAAAAUUACCUUGAUUAUACUUGUCAGAUACUGUAACACCCAGUUCACAUUUUUGCAAUGAACUGUAUCUAAAAGCUGUGGUAAAGAGAAAUUUUGCAAGAGCAAAAUGAUAAUUUAUAUUUACUCUGGCGACUUAAAAUAAAAAAAAAACAACCCUGUAUUAUUUUGUUUUAGUAUUUACCAGUGGCAAAUCCCACCUUCCUGGCAUCUGGGAGUUAAUCUAUUAUUCCUUCUCUUCCUCAAAUCAGUAUCAAUGUCUCCCAGUUCUCUAGAUGCUGAUUUUUCAGAUUUGUUUUAUGAAUUAAAAUAUUAGGUGAACAGCUCUAGCAGCCCAAAAGUGCUUCUUUAGAUUUUGAAUUCAGAUAAAAUCAGUGGGGCUGGGCUGCUGUUACCCUACUUCUGUUCGUUUAUAGAUAGACCCGCCAUUUUUACUUGUAUAAACUUGAUUCCCUCUAGGUAUUUUGGAAAGCUUUAAAAAUUCAAGCAUGCUGCAGUGAUGGAAUGGCAGUGUUCCUCAUGCUGUAGUAACAGGAAUAUUGAAAACCAAAGUAAGUUAAUGUGUAAAGUUCAGAUGACUCUGUCAUGUGCAGCAUGUAAGCCUCUACCUACACCAAACAGGGGGACUUCUGCUAUACAGCUGGUCUACACUCAGCUGAAUUUUUGCAUAGUUUGGGAUAAGGGAUUAAAGUUUUUAUCUAAGCACCUAGAGGAAGGCUUGCUAUUUUCUAGUCACCUGGGCAAGGGAUGUAGCCUAGCCUUCAAAGAUCUCUCUCACUACAUCAUGAAUACCUGCCAUGUUCUGCUGUGAGCAUUAUAAAUUGAAUUGCUCUUCAGACUGCAUACAUUUGGGAAACAAACAAUAUUUACCUGUGGAUACUUUUUCCAUAUUGCUUGCUUCCUUCUCAGACCAAUUGUUUAGGCACUAUCUUGGCUAUUGUAUUUCAAGUUCCUGAAUUGUUCUUUACCUGCCACCUGCAGGUAUGUGUUAAAUCUUGGCCACUAGUUCCCUCUGUUCUAGCUUUGUGAGCAGUUGAGUGUGUGGAUGUUUCCACCUUAAUCAGCUUUUAAAGGGUGGUUGUAGGCCAGGGACCUUCAAUAGACAUUAGCAAGGAUGCCCAAGUGCUUCCUGAUGCAGAUCAUGUGCAAUUUCACCUGUCUUUUAUAAACAGACUUUUAAAAAAUAUUUUAGAUAAUGAAAGCCUUUCAGAAUAUUUAUAUAUCCUUGAUAAAUGCUGCACAAUCGGGUUUAAAACCAAACUCGCGUGCCUGUUACUGUGGUGGCUUAAGGCCCCAGAUUUUAUUGAGUACUUGCUGGGAUUUUUCACUAAUUUACAAGAAAGGGCUAAUGAAAUGCACUUUGUUUUUUAAGACCUACUCAUACUUUAAAAAGCAGGAAGUGAUCGCUUAGAAGCUGGGUAUGCUGCAUGCUAUUGCAAGUGUUUCAGGGUAUUGAUUUUCCUCAUUGUGGAAGUUUGAGUAUGCUAAUGAUAUGAGCUGUGAAGAUGGGCUGCAGCCCAGCUGGUUAAAUGUACAGAAAUUAUGCAAGGGGAAGAGUUGCAAAUGUAUUUAUGAGUAGUUUAUUUUUUGAGAGCAUUUCUAGACUGGUUUAAUUUGUGGGGGAGGAAGAAAUGCUGCCCCUUUAACUUAUUGAAUUUAGUUUGGCAGGUGAGUUGACUAAUGUAGUUGGUAAGGGAUGAUGCACUGUUCCUCAUUUUAAACUUGACCCCAUUCACAAGCAGUGUGUAGCAGAAGAUGCUGUUUUAUUUGCGUCUUGUAUUGGUUAUUACAGAAACUGUUCUAAAGCAUGAGACCUGUGUAAUUCAAGGUUGCUUGUUUCUACUUUUGUGGAAAUUCUGAUUUACUUCAUGACAGCCACUUACUGGUGUUCCCUAUAGUUUUGUUUUGUUGAAAGACAUCAAGUGAAUGACCAAGAUGGUAGCUGUGGAAAUAAAAUUCAGAAUUCUUUCUAUUGGA